AUGAUCAUCGCUGGUGGCCCCGCGCCCGAAAAAGUAUUUCCAUGGCAGGUGGGUUUUGUCAGCCCUCGAGGUUCCUGUGGUGGGGUUCUCAUUUCUAAAUCUUGGGCACUUACAGCAGCACAUUGCCCCGUGUGGGAACAAGCCACUGGCAUCUUGGGAUCUCUUCUUUUUGACUUCAAAACACACCAACCUCAUAAACAAAUGAGACGUGUGAAAGUCGCCGUGAAGCACGAAAACUUCAGUUUAAACCCCCUCACCUAUGACGUAGCUCUUGUCAAAUUUGAUUCUCCUGUUGUCCUCGACGACUACGUCAGGCCCAUCUGUCUACCCAAGAAGGGCGACGUCUUUGACGGCGUAAACUCUUGUUUCAUCUCUGGCUGGGGCAGACUCUCAGAGUCACCGGGACCUAAGCCACCUCUUCAAUUCGGAAGAACUUCAGUUAUGCCGGAAAGUAUUUGCAUCUAUACGCUCCGACUGUACGGACGUCACCUAAAAUCGUGCGAACUUUGCAGUGACCUAGUCGGCUCUUUUGUAAGCCGGGGAGAUUCAGGGGGGCCCUUGAGUUGCAAAGUUGGAGGGCGUUAUUACGCUGCCGGUUUGGGCAGCUAUGUCAUCAAAAUGGUCGGCAUCGACAUCGUUCUUUUCCCUAGUAUUUUCUCCAAGGUGUCUGAGUUCAUGGAUUGGAUAUUCAAGACACUAGAGGAACAUGGAUUAUAA